CCCCUAGGAGAUUUUCUCAUUUAUUCAAAUUAAUUUGUAAAUAAAUCCACUCCAGAUUACAGAGGAUGGAGAUGAGGAAGAGGAAGAGGAAGAUGGAGGGAGCAUUGUGGUUGCUGGUUGUUGUAGUGUUAACGGUUGUGGUGGCGCCGGCGGAGAGUGUCGGUGACGUGAAGAUAUGGCCAAUGCCGGCGUCGGUGAGCUCCGGUAACAAGAGGCUUCACUUGAGUAAGGAUUUUGAGCUGUUGACUCAGGGGACUGGCUACAAUGAUGCUUCGGGGAUAUUGAAGGAUGGUUUCUACAGGAUGCUUGUUGUGGUCAAUAAUGGCCAUGUCGUCGACGGUAAUUUCUCCGAUAAGUCAUCUCUGCUCAGCGGAUUGCACGCUAUGAUUUCAUCUCCAAACGAUCAGUUACAAUAUGGUAUUGAUGAGUCCUACAAAUUAAUGGUCCCUUCGCCGGAAAAUCCAGCUUAUGCCCACCUUCAGGCAAACACAGUUUAUGGAGCUUUACAUGGGCUUCAGACAUUCAGCCAGUUAUGCCAUUUUAACUAUAAAAGCAGAGUGAUUGAAGUUCAUAUGUCACCUUGGACUAUUACUGAUCAGCCAAGAUUCUCUUAUCGAGGCCUCUUAAUUGAUACAUCCCGUCACUAUCUUCCUUUGCCCGUCAUUAAGAAUGUUAUUGAUUCCAUGACCUAUGCAAAGCUGAAUGUAUUGCACUGGCACAUUGUAGAUACCCAAUCUUUCCCGUUAGAGAUACCUUCAUAUCCAAAGUUUUAUGCCCAAAAACGAGGGAUUAAUGUAAUGGCUGAAUUGGAUGUCCCUGGGCAUGCACUCUCCUGGGGGGUCGGCUAUCCUGCUUUAUGGCCAUCAAAUGACUGUCAGCAGCCACUUGAUGUCAGUAAUGAAUUCACUUUUCAAGUGAUAGAUGGAAUUCUUUCAGAUUUCAGUAAGAUCUUUAAAUUUAAGUUUGUUCAUUUGGGAGGUGACGAAGUUACUACAAUCUCAUUGAUGUAAUGAUAUUUUGUCAUGAUUAUGGUUUAUGCUGCUACAAUUGACAUUUGAUGCUAGAGAUUGGUUGAUUUUUUUGGUAUAUUUGAUGAGUGGACUAUACAACAAGGUAUAGAAUAUUUAUAGUCUGCUCCUUUGAAAAAUCCCUCCCAAUUUACCUCAAGUUUCAAAUUCGAGAUCUUCAACUUGAAGUCUAACCUUUUAUCAAUUGAGACACCCUUCGGGGACUAAAGAAUAGUUUAUUGAAGUAUAUGUACAUUCUCUACCAAUGUUCAUUAAAAUCAGACAUUCUAC